UUAGAAGAAUUUAGAACCAAGCUAUGGCACCUAAAAAACAUCGCUUGCCCCUUUCAACUUAUCUUUGUUUUUGUGCAUAUCAAUAAGGGUCUUCACUCUUUAGUGUUAAGUGUAAACGCUUGUUCCUUAUUAGCACAUAAACCCAACAAGCUGAAUUUAAAGCAUAUACAGACUUUUUAAUAUGCCUCGAUACGAGUCCUUGAGAUAGUAUUGAAUUAACGCCAAAACCACGUCAUAUAUACACAGUGGAGGAGGAGAGCACAUUCUUGCUAGAGAACAAACGAGUGAGGAUAGUGAGAAGAUGAUGAUGGCUAUGGAGGAGAAUUAUGAGACUAAGCAAUCUUCCUCUUCUUGGUGCCUUGCAAGUUGCAUUAAUUCUUCAUGUGUACAAAACGGUCCAACCCUUGCAAAUGUUCCUAACUCUGCUUCUCAAUCAUCAGCUACCAACCCCAAGAACCACCGUGGAGGCUGGAAGGCUGUAUCUUUUAUUUUGGGGAAUGAAACGUUUGAGAGGUUGGCAGUGUUUGGGUUAUUUGCGAACUUUAUGGUGUAUUUAACAAGAGAACUUCACUUGGACCAAGUUUAUGCUGCUAACAUUGUUAGUAUAUGGUUUGGUGUCACAAACUUUGCUCCUCUUUUUGGUGCCUUCAUUUCUGACGCCUAUAUUGGUCGCUUCUGUACCAUAGCUUUGGCAUCCUUUGCUACCCUUUCGGGUCUGAUGGUGGUGACUUUAACAUCAUGUUUCCCUCAGUUGCAUCCUCCACCUUGUACCCCUCAGCAACUAGCAUCUAGUCGUUGUGUUAAAGCAAACAACUAUCAAAUGAGUGUUCUAUUUUUGGGACUUUGCCUAUUAACCAUAGGCUCCGCAGGGGUGAGGCCAUGCAGUAUUCCAUUUGGUGUGGACCAAUUUGAUCCAACCACAAAUGAAGGGAAGAAAGGGAUCAAUAGCUACUUCAAUUUGUACUAUACCACCUUCACAAUGGUGUUGUUGUUCACUCAAACAGUGGUGGUCUAUAUACAAGAGACUGUGAGUUGGAAGAUAGGGUUUGGGAUACCAACGUUUUUCAUGUUCUGCUCUGUGAUUAUGUUCUUUGUGGGCACAAGGCUUUAUGUGUAUGUGAUUCCAGAAGGAAGCAUUUUUUCUGGUUUUGCACAAGUUCUUGUGGCUGCCUAUAGAAAGAGAAAGCUCAACCUUCCAAUGAGCGAGGAGGAGAAGCUAGAUGGAUUUUACUAUGAUCCGCCACUUACAGGGACCACUGUUUUGUCAAAGUUGCCUUUAACCAAACAAUUCAGGGUCCUGAACAAAGCUGCUUUAAUAAUGGAAGGUGAGUUAAACCCAGAUGGGAGCAGAGUAAGUAAGUGGAGAGUUGCCAGCAUCCAACAAGUAGAAGAAGUUAAAUGCAUAACAAGAAUCAUCCCAGUUUGGGUAGCAGGUAUCCUUAGUCUCACACCCAUGACACAACAGGGAACAUUUAUUGUGUUACAAGCAUUGAAAAUGAACAGACACAUUGGACCCAAAUUCCAAUUCCCAGCUGGCUCACAAGGAGUCAUAUCACUAAUCACCAUAGCUUUAUGGCUCCCAUUCUAUGACCGAAUCCUAGUGCCAAAACUUAGAAAAAUUACCAAACAUGAAGGUGGCAUCACUAUCUUCCAAAGAAUUGGAAUUGGCAUAGUGUUCUCUAUUCUUUCCAUGGUUGUGGCUGGCUUUGUUGAAAAAGUGAGAAGGGAUUUGGCAAAUUCAAAUCCAACCCCACUUGGAAUUGCUCCCAUGUCAGUGUUUUGGUUGGCCCCACAAUUGAUCCUGUUGGGUUUCAAUGAGGCCUUCAGUGCAAUUGGACAAAUUGAGUUCUUCAAUAGGCAAUUUCCUGAGCAUAUGAGAAGCAUUGGCAAUUCCUUGUUCUGGUGUUCUUUUGCUGUGUCCAACUAUGUGAGCAGCAUAUUAGUCAACAUAGUUCAUCAUGCUACUAAAACACAUAACCAUCCUGAUUGGUUGACAAAUAACAUAAAUGAUGGGAGGAUAGACUACUUUUACUACCUCAUAGGAGGGUUAGCCACCCUAAACAUGGUUUAUUUUAUUUAUGUUGCUAGAAGAUAUCAGUACUAGAGGAGUGUGAACCUCCAAGAUGAAACUCGUGAAGUGCAACUUGAAUUGGAUCUCCCAAAGCAUACAGUUAAAGAUAAAGAUCCUGGUGCUCUAUAUAUGUAUGAAGACUAUUCAUAAAUAAAUUGAAAAGAUUUUUUUUUUCUCCCCAAAAGUUAUAAAUAUACGAAUAAAAGAUUUCAUAUUACUUUUA